AGUCCCGUGCGUAGCUCAUUCGAAUGGUGUAGUGUGUGGAAGGAAACUUUCGAUCUCCGAGAUAUUUUCGGUUCGUUCGGUGCAAAAUUUGGUUCAGUUCGGUGAAAUAGUGCUACCAAAUCGUGACCCCGUGCUUUGAGGUGAAGAUUCCGAGCUCCCAGAGCUCCAUAUGUGGUGAACCGCGUGUGAGAUAUGACGUUAUCGAUUUGGUAGCAGACAGUUGAAGACAGUACACCAGCAGCGUAAUAGAUUGAUAAACAUCCUAUAUGUGUGAUAUCUUUUUUCGCUGAGAAGGAACAUAGAGAAGAUUAAACGGCAUUGUAUAGUGAAAGUUAUUUGGGAAACGAGAAGUGAUUUGCGUGUUCGAUCUAUACUGCUUCGAUUAGUGCCCGUGUCAAACUAAUCAUCUACCGGGAGAUUAUUGACCGUUUCCCUGUUGGUGCUUUGUGGUGGUGAGAAAACGAAUUGCUGUGAUAGCUGCAGCAGAGCUAUAAGCUGUGUGCUGCAUAACAACAUACAAGUGAAUCCAAAGUGUAUUAAGAUCAGUCAAAACAGGGAAGAACAACAACCACAACUGCCCCCAAGCAGGAGCGUCGGAACGCUGUUGCUGGCAUUGAGUCACGAUGUUGGGACGUGUUCGGCUUAAAGAGGACGGCAUCAUGGAUGAGGAGCUGCCCACGCUGCUCGAGACGACGUUUCGCUAUCUGGCCAAAAAUCUGCAAGUCGUCUGCAACGUCAAUCCGCUGACACACCAGCUCGAGCUGAAGGAUGAUAUCGUCAUCCCGAAUGAGAUUUGUGAUAGAUUUCUGCGCUACCAGCAGGACUGCGGUCAGGACAUCAACGAUCGCUUCAUUCAGAUAUUCCGGGAUACGGAAAAGACACCACUUCGCAACAUCCGCCUGCGAAAUAGCACAAUUACCAAUGAGGGCAUGCGCAUACUGCUGCGGCACAAGCUCAACUCCCUGUCGAUGUGGUACUGCAACAAAAUUACGACAGCCUCAUGGAACAUUCUGACCGAAAACUGCAGGCAGUUGCGUUCGCUUGAACUGGGUCGAUUUGUUGACAUGCUGAAGCACAGCGAACCGAACGAGAAGACGCCGAUCGACUUUCAGCUGGUUCUGCCUCAAUUGCAACAGCUGAUUCUGAAUGGUGUCGUAUUGCAACCGUCGAUCCAAUUCGGGCAUCUCUCGGAGUUGACGUACCUUGACCUGACGGCAUGCAUAUUUGCGGAAUUCAGUCUGAAAGCGUUAAUCGAUCUGCCCAAACUAAAAGCGUUGAUUUUGUUCAAUGUUUGGCCCUUGGACCACGAGUUUCCUACGCUGUGUAAGCUAAAAAACUUGGAAACCUUGGAUUUGUCCGUUUCGAGGGCGAAUGUCGAUGGAAAUUAUCUCACCCCAAAUAAGUUGCUGGCAAACUUAGUCGAGAAUCUACCCCGGUUACGACAUCUGGACAUUUCCGGCACCAAUCUGGCGGGUGAUGGAGUGGCAAUGAAGACGAACAACACCACCAGCAGUUCAGAUAUUCCCGGUUUGGUGAGUCGAGCCGACCGUCCGCUGGAGUUCCUCGGUCUGUACUACACGGCACAUUCCGCCUGCAAAUGGCACGAUAUUCCAGCUUUAAAGAUUGCGGGAGAGGCAACCGAGGAUCAAAUCCUAGUGGCGGCAUCCGUCUAUCAGAAUCGCCACGAACUGCUGACAAAAGUACUGAAUGAUCUCUACCACCUGCUGCGGUUUGAAACCUGCAAGCAAAUACACAAAGCGCUGGACGUAGUGCUGUCUGCCAUGGACAAACACAUUCGAGUCAAAAAUAUUCAAAUCAGUGGCAGUGCCACGCUAUUCUACAUCGUCAAAGGGCGUAACAAAAUCCAAUUCGGUGUUCCGUUGAAGAACCACAUAAUUCACACCCUUCUCAACGGAAUGUCAACUCAUCUCACGGACGAUACCAUGAUGCGGAAUGGUUGUCUUACGUUGUGUCAGUUCAACAUCCCAACCGAUGUGUUAUUCGAGUACGAACGCCUGGUACGCAUUCUUUUGCAUGGCGUAUCUUACCGAGAGCAGGAAGGAUUUGUUCAGCGAAUUGCGAUCUACCUACUGAAUUCGCUCGCUUGCCAGGUCGAUGGAAGCCAGAAAAUGUUCCUCGGCGACUUGGGUGCUAUCUCGACUAUGCUGAAUCUGAUCAGCGACCGGUUGUCCCGAAAGAUCUUCGAUGACGUAAUGGAGGUGGCGUGGUCUACCAUGUGGAACGUAACAGACGAGACGGCCAAGAACUGCGAGCGGUUUUUGGAUGGCCGAGGAAUGGAAUACUUCCUCGGGUGUUUGAAGUGGUUUUCUUUGCAGUUGUUCCCGGAAAAAGACGAUCUGCUGCGGAACAUGAUGGGACUCUUGGGGAAUGUGGCGGAGGUGAAAGAUCUACGUCCACGACUUAUGACUCCCGAGUUUAUUACCGAGUUUGCCGAUUUACUGGAUUCAUCCAGCGAUGGGAUUGAGGUAAGUUAUAACGCUGCCGGUGUACUGGCACACAUCGCCUCCGACGGGGAAGCGGCGUGGAUCAUUACCGCGCCAACCCGAGAUGCGGUUUUGAUCCGCAUGGUAGAGGCCAUCGAACGGUGGAACUUGGCCGCUGAGCGGAACAUCAACUACCGUAGCUUCGAGCCAAUUCUGGGACUAAUUCGGUGUUACCACACGCCCGCUUGUCAGCACUGGGCCGUCUGGGCUCUGGCCAACCUAACCAAAGUGUAUCCAGCGAAAUACUGUCGACUGGUGGAGAGCGAGCGAGGCGUAGAACUGCUGCAAGAGUUGAUCGCACACCCGCAGCCGUACAAAAGGUUGAAGGAACUGGCGGAGAUGGUUUUGCGGCACUGUCAAAAUUUUCCCGAUUCACCGGAUCAAUGUAGAAAGAUGGACCUGGAUGGCUAGGUAGGUGCGAAUCAUUUCCCAUAGUCAGAGUAGUUGUUGAGUUAAAUGCGAUAAGAACCUUACACAUGCAUAAAACAUUUCUACAUAGAUUUUCCUUGUGUGAACGUGUUCAGACAAACAAACUGGCGUACGAAAUUUACCAAUAGUAGUAACGUUAAGGCUUGUAAUAAAACUAUCUAUUUAAAAAAAAAAAACUAAAUUAUUAUGGCAGAGCAAAGCAGAAGUUAUAGUGGAUGCGUGGAUGUCAGAGGAGUCAAUUGUUUUCUUUUAAAGAAGUUCAUAGGUUGUAAUGUCUGCAUCUGCAUAACUUGGUCAUCUUAGAGGAACUAAGAACCACGUCAAGCAUGUGAUUUUCUCAAAAACGUCAAUACAAAAACACGUUUUGUAAAGUAAACCUAUACUAAUCAUUGCAAGAAAGCUUUGAACUGGUUUUUAAUGUCAUUGGACGUCCAAAAAUCAGAAAAUUUUACCUUGAGCGUUGUGAGCUACAUAGCGGAUCUAUGCUUAUGAUUUCUUAUUUAGUGUUGUGCAAUGGGUAAUCAAUAUUAUGAGAAGUGUUGUAUAUCAGUGCAUUAACAAACGAUGGGAUGGUAGCAUGGUUUACCAUGGUCAUUAGCACUAUAUUUCAACUUUUAGGAUUUAUAGAACUAUUACACAGCCAUUGUCGAAGUUUAGAAUCUUCAUUCAAGAUUAAGAUGUAGACGUUAGAAUCUAUGAGCUUCGACUCAAAGGGAAGAAAAGUUCCCUGUGUGUUAAAUCCCUCGUCUACGAUAGAAUAUACGAUCUUCUAACGUGCUAAAUAGCUGUUGAUUAUCUACAUAACAUGCUUUUUGAAACAUGGCGAAACAGUUGCAGUUAUGUUGUCAAAAUUAUGACUGACUUGAAUUACAAAUUAUAGUUUCAUCUGCAAACUGUACAUUUUCUCAAAAUCAUUCUUUGUCCAAAUGCACAAAACGAUUUAGAUUUGUGUUUUUUUCAGCAACGUCUUUUAAUGGCUUCGAUCUUCUGAUAAGUUUUAAUGUUUUAAACUUGUAACCCGCAUUCGCACAAUAACUUAUUUUUUUAAUGAUGUCGGAAUAUUGCACAUUUUGACUGACAUUUAUUUGUUUAUUUAGUAUGUAAUUUAUACUAAGCCUACCAUAAGGUUGGUUCUAUUGAUUUCGAGUAACAGAAACCAUAUGGGCUCGAAGUUUGCUUCAAACAUGUAUACAAUGAUAAUGUAGGCAUUACGAAUAUUUCACCCCAAUCCUACGUUUCGGCAGGUCGAUUUGGGUUUCUCUAACAACAAACCUCCCCCCCCCCUCUCCCUUUUUCUAACGAAUGUUAUCAGUGUGUGUAUAGAAGAUUCUAUAGCUUUAAGUGAAAGAUACAUUUAUUUUUUGCACAACUAAACUAUUUAAUUGGCAGCCGUAAAAUGUAAAAAAAAAUCUUUAACAAACAUAAAUAAAGAUCUGAAAUUGAAAA